GUGUUACUGCGGCUGUGAAUGGGAGAGGGAUGGACGCAUAUGAUGGGCAUGGGCGCUAUUCUUCCCGUUGUGCUCUUCCCAUUCGGUCGUCAUUUUUUUCAUUUUUUCAUUUUUCACUCUUCACUCUUCAUUUUUCAUUUCUCAUUUCCGUCUCCGGGAUGGAUGUAUCCGUCCUGGGGACCAUCGACGUGGAGGAAUGGGGCAUUCUUGACACGCUCAUCCUCCUGGUUUUAUUGAUGGCGAUGGGCUAUCUGUUCCUUUGGCCAUGGUGCCAUUGAGGCAAGAAAGAUCGCACUAAACAGAUAGAUAGACAGAUAGACCCAUUCGGCCAGAAGAAUUUUUUUUUAAAAAAGCUGACUCUGGUCCUGCAGAAUACUCGGCCGCGGUGCCCUAUGAGGGAUGAUCCCAUGGACCUCCAUGACGCGCAUGGACAUGGAGCUCAUCUGAAUCUCUCUCGAGACAUGGUGUUUGUUCAUCCGCAGAGGGAUGGGGAUGCGCUUUGUAGCGACAGACAGGGGACGCGUCAAUAAAAAAUAAAAAAAAUAAAAAAAAAGCGGCGCGGAG